AUGGUGUCGUUUUGGACUAUUGCCGCAUGCUGUCUGGGUGGUUACAUUGUUGGAGCUGGAUUACUGGUUCGUGUGUUUCCGCGUCGACCCAAUAUGGGGGCAGAACUUCUUAAAAAGCGUUUCCCUUACCCUGUAACGAAGAUUGCUCAUAGGGGUGGUUGCCUGAUAGGCCCAGAGAAUACCAUUUAUACAUUUAAACGGGCAAUAAUUGUGGGAAAUGCUGACAUGUUAGAAUUGGACGUUCACCAAUCGAGAGAUGGUGAAAUUGUCGUUUCGCAUGAUGCUACUCUCUUACGGACUUGUGGGAGUUUUCAUGAAGAGGUGAAUGUGCACGAUAUUGUGGUGGGUGGGAAUCCGAACAUGACAUUACCUCAAUUACUGAGAGAGAUUCCAAUUCACUUUGAGUCCCCUCAAAGAGGAAGAUAUUAUAAGGCUACAGACUCUGUUCCUGUGGAUGAAACGACGCGUCUCUGCCUACUAUCGGAGGUUUUUGAUGCGUUUCCAGAGAUUCCGCUUCACAUAGAUAUCAAAUCCGAAGGGGCGGACGUUACAAGGCGCGUACUGGAAUUGAUUGAGCGAUACCGCAGGGGCAAGAAAACUGUAGUUGGGAGUAGUAAUUGGCGUAAUAGGACUUAUAUCUACAAUUAUUUUGUGUCAAAGAAUUCUUCGGAAAGUAAGAAGCUUCAGGAAAAAAGAAAUAGAUUUCGGAUUUUUGCGGGACCUUUGGAUUAUGCCAUUGUUCACGUGGCCUAUUUCCUCGGUCUGCUUCCUCUAGUCCCCUUGAAAUUCGAUGUGUUUUCCAUUCCACUUUUUACUAUACACAAGCGAAACGCACUUGACUCUUGUUUCAUGCACUUUAUUUCCUAUUUUUUAAACUCACCUACACUGUGGAAUCAUUUGCAGCGACGAGGUAUUCUUGUUUUGGGUUGGGUGCUGAAUGACGAUGAUGAAUUUGAAGAAGCUUCUAAGUGGACUAUCAAUGGCAUUAUGUCUGACGAUCCUAUCGCUUUAGAUGCGUUUUUUAGGUCGAGAAAUGUGCCAAUAGCAAUGAAUCUUUUGCAUUGA